UUCUCCCACAAGCCACAAAACAACCAAAACCUUAGACACAUAUCAAGAACAUAUGGGUUCAGGAAAAACUAGGGCUAAUCCGACUAACCGUCCAACGGUGAGACACCCUAGUCACGAUCAUCCUUUACGGGUCUUCAAAUCCCAAGAAGGAGAUGAGAUCAUUUGCUCUGGAUGCGAGCUCGAACUAAUUGGGCAAGCUUACAAGUGUACAAAGUCAGAGUGCAAUUACUUCUUGCACAAGUCAUGUUUCGACCUUCCAGGUGAAACCCUUCACAAGUCUCACCCUAAUCACCCUUUGACUCUGGUCCAUUCUCCACCGUACGAUCAGUCCAUCUUCUCGUGCGAUGCGUGCGGUGAGCAUGGAUCUGGUUUCACAUACCAUUGCUCUAAGUGCCAGUACGAUGUUCAUGUUGGAUGUGCGUUUGUCCCUGUGACCGUGCAGCGUGAAGACCACGAACACCCUCUCACGCUACUUUACAACACGCCAUGCAAAGGUCGCGAGGAUGGUGUGACGUUCAUAUGUGAUGUUUGUGAAGAAGAUAUGCAAGAGCAUCUAUGGGUGUAUUAUUGCAAAGAAUGUGACUAUGGGACACAUGUACGUUCAUGCGCCACAUAUGAAGAUACUGCUCCAAAGAAAGGAGAAGAAAAAGGAGAAACAAGCUCGGCGGCAUCAGAGGUGAAGUCGGAAAUGGAUGCUAAAAUGGAGAUGGCGAUGAUGCAGGUCCAGUUAGAUGCUAUUGAUGCAGCAGGUAGUUACGUCGGUUCAUGGGAACCAAGGAGGAAAUAUUAUUGGUGAAUUGAUUAUUGAGUGUUUAAUUGCUCUCUUUUGUGAAUUUUGGUUAGGAAGAAAAAGUGUAUCAAACUCUGAUUUCGUUCUUUCUUUGUAUGUUUGUGACUUUCUUUCAAUGUGGCUUGUUUGUAAGAUUUUAUCUUUUUUUUUUUUUGUUAUUAAGAUUUAAAAAAACUGUGAGCUGUAUGAUUAUAUAUUUGCCAAUCAAAUAUCUUUGAUCAUUAUAGUUCGUAAUUUUAUGUUUAUACAAUGUAAACAAUCCAGAAUAUGGAUACUAGAAACGUUUGCACAAUCUUCAAAUGAUUACUUGCUCUAUUAAAUAUUAUAUGAUGUUAUAUUUUUGUUUUUGGAUUUUUGUUUGGUCAGUUGGUAAAUUCUAUCUACUUGCAAGUACAAAGACUAACACCCACCAACAUCAUAUGAAUCUGAACACCUUUGAAAACAUUUCUUCCCUAAACUUAUCAAAUUUGUUAAGCACGAAAGUAAGUAAAAAAAUUCAACUGCUUUCUCAAAAAAAAAUCAACUGUUGGAACUAUACAGUAUA